CGAAACUAAAAGGAAAGAAGGAUAAUUUCCUGGAGUACUACUUACUUUAUAAAAGGGAAAGAAGGAUAAUUUCCUGGAGUACCCCUAUUAGUGGGGGAACACAUAUACCCUUAUAUUAAUUUUUAGAACAAAAAGCUGCUAAAGUUGAAAUUGAGCACGACGACGGAUGUGUUCAUAGCAUAGGCGGCUCAACCCUCUUCAGAUGAAGAUGAAAGAGUAGUAUGAGUUUAUCUGAUUUUUCAUCAACAAGUCAAAGAGUAAAAAUCUAUUGUAACCAUGGAUUGUGAAUUGAUGGCGAAGGAGGGGACCCUAUUUCCAUAAGAGUGGGAAGAGAUUGAUAACCUUCUAGACUUAGGUGCUAGAGAAGUAGACGAUGUCAAUACUAGAUCAAGAGGUUAUGUCACUGAGGAUGAAGAAGAGAGUGAAGAGUUGAUAACCGUAGAAACGUCGCCCAGGAUUGUUCGGAGUCUCUGAUUUAAAUCUUGGAGCUGUUUGUCCACAAAAGCAUUUUUAGAGUUGUCCUUCAUAGUCAACCUCAAAAUUCAAAUGCUUUACGGACCUUGUGGAUGGAGUCGAGAUAGAAGAAUAAGACAUUACAAAAAUUGAUAAGAGUGGGAAGAAGAAUUAGGGAAUUUGGGCAUCUGUUGUUUCUGAGAGGAGCUGGGAAAGAAAGAACGAACAAGAAAGGAAGGUGGAAAGAGUUUUAUUGGUGAGAGUGAUGUUAGAUAAGGACAGUGUAUGACGGAAGAAGUGUUAAAACGUUAGGAAGGGUGCAUUUGUACCUCAAUUUCAAAUUUAUCAGCAUUUUGUUCUAAAAAUUAGUAUAAGGGUAUAUGUGUUCCCGUAAGGGUAUAUAUGGCCCUUUUCCCUUUAUAAAAUACACACAGAAUAGCUCAUUUAGAUGUGCGGAUAAAUAAAGGCCACGCACCAAGGACUCGGACUACAAAAAUCUCAGCUUCCCUGACCUUCAAACGGCACCUUCGAUCUCCCUGAGGAAGGAAACAAAAAAGAAUGGCGGGCAUCAGAAAGUCUACUCUUUUCUUAUCCCUUCCUCGAUUUAUCUCUAAUGCCAGAAACUGUCCAUCCUUCCGGACCAAUCCGAUCUCCUCCCACAGUCUUUCCAGGCCGUAUUUGAGUUCUACAUCGCGCUUAUACUCUUCCAACGUUGAUAUCGACCUCUCUGACGAAGAGGCCAAAAGGCGCUUGUUCAACAGGCUUGUAUAUAGGAGCAAACAGAGAGGGUACCUAGAGCUGGACCUCAUUCUGGGUAAUUGGGUGGAGAAUCAUAUACAUUCUAUGGAUGCAAAUGGAAUCAAGGCACUUGUUCACGUUCUUGAUGCGGAGAAUCCAGAUCUGUGGAAGUGGUUGACAGGUCAGGAGCAAGCUCCAGAUGCAAUAAGAACCAAUCCUGUGUUCACUGCUGUACAUGAAAAGGUCCUAAACAACCUCGACAAACACGCGUCCCCUGAGACUCGCGCCACUCCC